UGGCAGGCCAUCAAAAAAUCAACUUGUUCCCACUCCACCUGUUCAAAACACUAUUAAUCUGGUGCAGUCCAAUAAAAGGCUCAGCUCUCAGCAAGCAGCCAAUAGAACGCCAUUAAAGCGUAUGAGACCCCGGCCAAUCCCAGGCUGCAUUCUAAUGUGGCCUAUCUUUAUCAAGGUGCCACUCCAUUUCCACAUACUGCUUAUUUAUGAUUUCUGAGACCAGAGCCGGCAAGGGGAACAUCUGUGUCCGAAGGGCUCACCCAAGACAUCAAAUAUGGGACUAUUACAGAUAGAGAGGUGCAGGGCGAGAGUGAAGAGUUAAUCUGCUGUUCUUGAUGCUUUUCAUGUGGUGGCAACUUUGGGGAAACAUCAAGGAUUGUGUUAAAGUGCGAUAAGUGCUUUUUAUUAAUUAAAUAUCUAGAGACGGAAGUGUGAACCCGAACCCGUCGUCUGCGAGUGAGAGAACUCCUCGUGGGCCCAUCAGAAGUCUUUUCCUACCUGGAUCUUAUUGGAUGCGUUACUGAGACCUGGAGGCUUUGUUACAGUUCUCCCCAUGGAUCCAAACAUCCAGGGGUCUUUCCUCUUUAACAACAGCCUGAACCAAUUCAACACGGACCUGAAGGCCCCAGUGUGCCAGUACUCGGUGCCAAACUCUUUCUACAAACUCAACCCAGGCCUGAACAGCCAGCUGCAGCCAGGGACCCCGCACGGCAUCAGCGACAUCUUGAGCCGCUCCAUGCUGGGGAUGGGCACCACGGGCACCACCACUCUGCUGCCUGGAUACUCCACCAUGGGGGGGUUUGGGCCCUCCGUCACCAGCACGUCUGUGUACUAUAACCGAGACUACAACUCCAACCUGGGCGGCUUCUCCAAGCCAGGCACAGAGUGCCCCAUGAAGGGUCGCAGUGUGAGCUGCUGGGCGGAGAGCGGCUGUGAGUGGAGAGGAGGGAGACAGCAGUGCACCAACAGUAAUGGUCCUCUUGGGGAGAUGUCAGGCAGAAAGAAACACACCAGACCUACAUUCAGCGGGCACCAGAUAUUUGCCCUGGAGAAAACAUUCGAGCAGACGAAGUACCUUGCCGGUCCGGAGAGAGCCAGACUGGCUUAUUCUCUGGGCAUGACGGAGUCACAGGUCAAGGUUUGGUUUCAGAACCGACGUACCAAAUGGAGGAAGAAGAGCGCCUCAGAGCCGAGCUCCACGCAGGCCAGCCUCGCGGGACAGAGCGGGGACGCCUCGGAGAACGAGGUGGAGGAUGAGGAGUACAACAGGCCUCUGGACCCGGACUCUGACGACGACAAGAUCCGACUGCUUCUUCGCAAACACCGUAGGGCCUUCUCCGUCCUGCGGCUCGGGCCCCACCACGUCUGACAAACUGUAGCCUAUUUCAAUGAGC